UCUCUAGCCCGCACCCGCACCCCCAAACCUCGUAGGGCUCCACGCACUCCCGCCACGGCCUCGCAGGCAAGUGAGUGAUUGCAUUGAGGGUGCCCACGCUUCGUGGCCAUGGCAGAGGGCUCUUCCAAGGGUUAUCCUACCGGCUCCGGGGAUGGUUGGAAAUCUGCACUUGAUGACCCCGAGGUCAUUGAGGUGUCGGCAGAGGAAGCCGUCGGGUGGAGCUCUUCCAGUCGCCAGAAACGGAAACUGGCUCAGGUUGUUCAUUCUGAAAUAAUUGAACUUGAUGCUGAUGAUAAUGAUCGUGAUGGAGUUAUAGUAAUUGACGAGAAGAUAGAAAAUGACAAGAAUAAGCAAGCUGCUCUUCAUAUGGAUUGGCCAGAGCAUCCAAAGCUUCUGAGUGGCAUGUCUGCAGAUUUUACUGGUCCAACUGCGAUCCCUGUCACAAAGGUUGGUCCAUGGGCUGGUCUGAGAGGUUAUCAUAAUAAUUUUACCAGCCCAAGUGCUAUUCCUGUCAUAAAGAUUGGCCCUGUCACAAAGAUUGGCCCAUGGGAUGGCCUGGGAGGUAAUCAUAAUAAUGUUGCCGGCCCAAAAACUGCUACUCCUGUCACAAACGUGGGCCCAUUGGUUGGCUUGGGAGGUUAUCAUAAUAAUGUUGCCGCCUCAAGUACUAUCCCUCCUACAGAUUUGCUUGCUCAUUAUUAUCAUCAGUUUGUGGUGGCACUUGGAGGGGAGCACAAUAAAUACAAUAUUAAUAGCACCCCAAUGAUGGGAAGUGGUAGCAGCUUUAACUCUGGUGCGAAUAAUUACGUGGGCAUUCCACCAGGUGUGGAAGCAGUUUCACCGCAGGGAACUUCUUCUGAGAUGCCACAUCAGCCCAGUCAAACUGAGAUAGUCAAUGGUGAAGUUCAUGAGAAGUACAUGGCAUUUAAAAAAUUUGAUACAGUUAAUGACCACGGUGAUCAUUUCUACUCAACAAAAGUUCGUGCUGUUAGAAAGCCAACGAAGGCUUGGGUGAAGCGGAUUCAACAUGAAUGGAAAGUCCUAGAAAAUGAUUUGCCAGACACAAUAUAUGUAAGAGCUUACGAGGAUAGGAUGGACCUGCUUAGAGCUGUCAUUGUUGGAUCAGCAGGCACUCCUUACCAUGAUGGGCUUUUCUUCUUUGAUGUCUAUUUCCCUUAUCGAUAUCCAACUAAACCUCCGGAAGUGAGUUACCGCUCUGGAGGAUUGCGGCUUAACCCAAAUCUCUAUGAAUGUGGGAAAGUCUGUCUCAGUCUCUUAAACACCUGGACUGGUACUGGAUGUGAGAGGUGGAUCCCAUCUGAUUCAACCAUGCUGCAAGUCUUGGUCUCUAUUCAGGCCUUGGUUUUGAAUGCCAAACCUUAUUUCAACGAACCUGGGUAUGCUAUGUAUGCUAACACUCCUCAAGGCGCGAAGGCAUCUAUGACGUAUAAUGAACAAGUUUUUCUGCUAUCCUGCAGAACAAUGCAGUAUUCUAUUCACAAUCCACCAAAGCAUUUCGAGGACUUCGUUGUUGGCCAUUUCUGCAACUACGGGCGCAAAAUCCUGAGAGGAUGCAAGUCCUACAUGGCCGGUGCCCAAGUUGGCUGCCUCGUCGGAGACGGAGUGCAGGAUGUCAACGAGGGUUACAGAAGCUGCUCCACCUCCACCAACUUCAAGGCCUCGCUGAAAGUGCAAUUCGCGGAUCUACUGAAGGACUUCGCCAAGAUAGGUGUCAGCUGCGACGAGUUCCAGAAUCCUGGAGCUGCCAAAGCUGCAGCAGACAUCCCAUUGAACCAGAAGCUAGAAGAGCAGCAAGUGAUCAAGACUCAAGAGUAG